AUGCUUCGAAGUUGUAUUAAGAGUACCAGGAGGUACAAAAGUAUAACCUCUUUUUCUUAUAUUGAUGAUGAUUUUCUUUCAACCGUCAACAAGAAGGAAAUCUCAUGUCACUUACAGAACUUGGGUCCCUUCCCUAGUUAUUCCAAUAUCUUAAAUCCCCAACACUUCUAUCAGAAUCAAAUAUUACUAGAUUAUCUGCAACGAGACCCUCAUCCUGUUUCAUUAAGACAAUUAGCUGGUUAUGGUAAGAAACUUUCGAAACAAAAGAUUCUUGAUUCAGCUAAUUUUGUUCGAAUUGAGCUACCCAUUAGAUUGGCAUUAAGAAUUAGAGAUUUACAGACUUUACCCUUUGGGAUCGUUAAUAAUUUCCAUUUAGCUCAUAUUUAUGAGAGUUAUUAUCAUCUGUUUAAUGCGUUUAGAAAGAUCCCCUCGAUUAGAUCACUAGAAGAAAAUGAUAAGUUUUGUAUAAUCAUUUCUAAAUUAUUAGAUGAUCAUUUAACCAAUUUGGCUCAUUUGAUGAUGGGUUCUUUGGAAGUGAGUUUGCUUACAGAUAUCAACCAAUCUGAGCUUGAUACUUUUAUGUCGCAAAUGUUGAGAUCAAGAAUGAGUAGAAGAUUAAUCGUGGAGGAACAUUUAUCUUUAACUCAAAGUUAUAAGGACUCACCUAAUUCGGUUAAACCACCUCAUUAUAUUGGAGAGAUUUUCCACAAUUGCAAAGCCAUUGAUCAAUUGAAAAUUGUUAGUGAAGCUGUUAAGAAUUCCAUGGUGGAUAUUUUCCCUAAUAAAGACAACAUGCCCGAAUUAGAAAUAGAUGGUGACACCAAAACUACAUUCCAAUUCAUAGAGCCUCAUUUACAUUAUCUAUUUGGAGAAAUUCUUCGGAACUCCUAUGAAGCAACCAUCAUGACCCAUGGACUGCAUACCUCUAAGAAAUUGCCUCCCGUCAAAGUUACCAUCAUUGAUUCCAAACGACAAGUGAUCUUUAGAAUUAGUGAUCGUGGUGGUGGAAUGCCUCAUGAUAAAUUGAAAAGUAUAUGGUCCUUUAGGAAACGACCCGAAUUAGCCAGGGAAUCCUUAGCCAAUUUCCAUAGAAUCCCAGGCUUAUCUCCUUAUACUGGGAACGAAGUUUCCCCAGGUGGGUCUUCAAUGGUUGGUUCAGUACCUGCCACCUCUCAAAUCUUGAAGAACACUUCAUUAGGUGAUUCUCACUUUGUUGGUCAGUCGAAAAAGUCUACGUUAGAUCAGUUAUUCAACAGACCCUACAAGUAUAAGUUAGGGUUAGGGUUGCCUGUGUGUAAGGUGUACACUGAUUAUUGGAAUGGUGACUUACAAAUGAACAGCUUAGAAGGUUAUGGUUCAGAUACUUGUUUGACGUUAUCGAAAUUGGGUUAUCAUUCGAAUGUUGUGCAGUUAGAUAGAGCGUGA